CUUUUCCACUUGAUUUUUAACGCAGAAAUUUUUAGAGGAAAUUACCAAGAGGAGAAAAAAAAGGAAAGGAAGAAAGAAAUGCUGGAGACGGUGAAGUACCUGAUGGGCUCGGCCGGCGCGAGCGGGUUCGGAGCCAAGUCGACGGCGGAGGAGGUCACCGAAGCCUCCCCCGACCUGCGCUCCAUCACCGCCAUCAUCACAGGAGCGACGUCGGGGAUUGGGGCGGAGACGGCGCGGGUGCUGGCGAAGCGCGGGGCGAGGCUGGUCCUCCCCGCCCGGAACCUCAAGGCGGCCGAGGAGACCAAGGCCCGGAUCGCCGCAGACUUCCCCGGAUCCCACAUCAUCGUCCUCCCUCUCGACCUCAGCUCCGUAUCCUCCGUCCGUUCCUUCGCCUCCCGCUUCCUCUCGCUCCGCCUCCCCCUCCACCUCCUCAUAAAUAACGCGGGCAAGUUUCCCCACGAUCUCGCUAUAUCGGAGGACGGGAUCGAGAUGACCUUCGCAACCAACUACUUGGGUCACUUCCUGUUGACGAAGCUGCUACUGGAUAAGAUGGUGGAGACGGCGAGGGUGACGGGGAUCCAAGGCCGUAUCGUGAACGUGUCCUCCAACAUCCAUGGCUGGUUCUCCGGCGACGUCAUCGGUUACCUUGAUCUCAUCACCCGCAAGAGAAUACCGUACGAUGCCACGAAAGCCUACGCGUUGUCGAAGCUCGCCAACGUGCUCCACACCAAGGAGCUCUCCGAGCGGCUCAAGGAAAUGGACGCGAACGUGACCGUGAAUUGCGUCCACCCGGGAGUCGUGCGAACCCGGCUCACCCGAGAACGCGAGGGCUUCGUCACAGAUCUGACGUUCUUCCUCGCAUCCAAGCUCGUCAAGACGAUUCCCCAGGCGGCAGCGACGACGUGCUACGUGGCGACGCACCCAAAUGUGGCGGGCGCGUCGGGGAAGUACUUCGUGGACUGCAACGAGGCGUCGCCAUCGUCGCUGGCCACCAACCGGCACGAGGCCGCGCGGCUGUGGCGCGCGUCUGAGGCCAUGGCCGAAGAGCGGCCGCAACGAACCGGGUUGGGACCGGAUUCGCUCCCGCCGAACCGGCCGGACGAGAUGUGACGUAUCGGGGACAAAGUAGACCAGGAGUGACCGAUGAACAGUUUUCUAGGAACAGGAAGGCAACGAAAAGAGAGUCGUUGUGCGCUGGCAGACUUGGUAACAGGAUACGGAAGGGAAGGGAGUACCUUGGGACAUCAGCAGAAAGGGCGCUUCCGCCUUCUUUUCCUUCUGCACUCUCUUUUUGGUACGGAGAACUAGCAGGCUUUACGGGGAUUUAGGACCCGUACGCGCGGUAGAAAUAAGACAGUAGCAGUAUAUUAUGUUGUCAUUGUUGUACAUAAAUAUAAACUACAGGAGCUUAUAUGACAAAGAUAUUAUAUUGCGUAUUUUUUUUUGGGCUUAUAUUUUAUUGGAGGAAGAGAUGGGUCGAAGGUCACUAGCAAGCAUAAAAAAGAAUUGUCCUUGUGAACAAUAUCUAUGUUCAAACAAGAUUUUUGGUACAUUACAUUAGUUUAACUCAUUUAACUUA